UUGUAAGAAGACAGAGAGAGGUUGGUGAAGGUCAAUCUUAUCACACCAUUGUUAAUCUUGAAAGCUCCAAAUACAGAAAAACCUUCCAUCAAUCGAUCGAGCUGCGAGGAAGAAGACAAUCGCAGAGAAAAUGGAGCAUAGAAAUCCCCUCCCACCCCAUCUUCUCAUCUUCCCUUUACCUCUUCAAGGCCCCGUAAACAACAUGUUCAAGUUAGCCGAGCUGCUCUGCCUCGCCGGCGUCAACGUCACUUUCCUCCUCACCGACCACAUCCACCGCCGCCUCUCCAUUUACGCCAACAUCCACUCUCGUUUCCGCCGCUACCCGGGCUUCCAGAUUGCCACCAUCGCCGACGGCCUGCCCGCCGACCACCCGCGCGACGGAAAUCAGUUCAUCGAGAUCUUUGACUCGCUCAAGUCGCCGGAGAGCAAGGCGGUGUUCAGGGACUUGCUGUGUGGCUAUGACGGCGGGAUACGAGGCCCCGUUACUUGCGUUAUAGCUGAUGGGAUCUUGGGAUUUGCUCUGGAUGUUGCUAAUGAUGUCGGGAUUCCUGUUGUCUCUACUCGGACUGUUAGCCCCGCUUGUCUUUGGAUCUUCUUUUGCCUCCCUAAACUCAUUCAAUCUCAAGAAAUCCCCUUCCCAGGGAAUGAUCUGGAUGAGCUCAUAAAGAACGUUCCAGGAACGGAGACUUUUCUCCGGCGGCGCGACUUGCCGGGAUUCUGCCGGGCCGGCGACAUUUCCGAUCCAAACGUGCGGUUGUACGAAACGGAGGGACAAAUUAAUUCACGUGCACGUGGUCUAAUUCUCAACACGUUUGAAGAGCUAGAUGGGUCUAUACUUAGCCAAAUUCGAACAGUUUGUCCAAAUCUUUACCCAAUCGGACCACUCCACGCUCACCUGAAAACCAAGCUACUCGCCGGGGAAACGCCGGCGACGGCAUCGCCGGCGGCGUCGAGUAGCUUGUGGCAAGAGGACAGGAGUUGCAUUGCUUGGCUAGAUAAGCAGCCAUUGAGAUCUGUGAUAUAUGUUAGCUUUGGGAGCAUUGCAACGUUGACUAAGGAUCAACUAAUGGAGUUUUGGUAUGGGUUGGUGAAUAGUGGGCAAAAAUUCUUGUGGGUCAUCCGGCCGGAUUCCGUCGCCGGAAAAGACUGGGAGAGUCAGGCUCCGGCGGAGUUAACCCAGGGCACAAAGGAGAGAGGGUACAUAGUGGGGUGGGCUCCGCAAGAGGAAGUAUUGGCUCAUUCAGCAGUUGGUGGGUUUUUAACCCACAACGGAUGGAACUCGACGCUCGAGAGUGUGUACGAGGGUGUUCCUAUGAUCUGUUGGCCGUACUUUUUGGACCAACAAGUGAAUAGCAGGUUUGUCGAAGCGGUUUAUAGAUUAGGGUUGGACAUGAAAGAUACAUGUGAUCGAGUGACGAUUGAGAGAAUAGUUAGAGAGUUGAUGGAAGUGAGGAAAGAUGAGUUCUUGCAAGAGGCUAAGAAAAUGGGAGAAUUGGCCAAGAGAAGCAUCCUUGAAGGUGGUUCAUCUUAUACUAGUUUUGAGCGUUUGGUAAGUGAUAUAAAAACAUGGAGUCCUAGGAGUUGAGUGUUCAUUGAUUAUAUCCUUUUCCUUACAAAAUGAGAAAUUAUUUGUCUCAAAAGAUUCUCACGUUCUGACUCAUCAGAAUGGUGAAUGAGAUAAAUUGUGAUGACUCAACAACGUUUCAAUCGAAAGAUCAUUUGGAAAAAGGUUAUUAAGAUACUCUACUAAAUAUUAUGGAUUCAAUUGUCUUCAUAUAUCUCAAAUUGGAUUGUAUAUCUAACAAUGAGUCCAAAAUAUUCAGCAAGUAUAAUCUUAAUUUUGUUCUUAUAAAAUCAUAAAUUUAAAUUAUUGGACAUUUGGUUGAGUAACAUAUUUAUGAAAAUGUUGUAAUAAUAUUAAGAAAUUUAUUAGAACAAGAGCACUGAGCUUAUAGUGCACGGUCAUUAUCAUGAAUACAUUGACAUAGGGAAUUACAAGGUUUUAUUUAUUUC